AUGAAUUACAAUAAUAAUAAUAUAAAUACUAACUUUAAUAAAAAUGAAGAUCAAAGAAAUAACUAUUUAAGGAAUAAUUACAUACCUAAUGUAAAUGAUAUUUCAUAUAGGGAUAACAUUCAAAUUCAGGAGAAUUCUAAUGCGCAUGUUUUUACUCAACUAAGAAAUAAACGAGAUCCUGAUAGUACUAUAACUACGACUAAUAGAAAUUAUUAUAAAAGCAAUACAAGCCAAAAUAGUUAUAUAAAUGAUGAUACAAGAAAUAUUGAUAAUAGUAAGAGCUAUGUAAAUUAUGUAGACAAAAACAAUAUUGAUGCUCAAGAAAAUUAUAAAAAUAAGUAUACUAGUAGUUAUUAUGAAAAACAGAACAAUGAAGAUAAUUUAGUGCAGCAUCAGAAAAAAGGAGGAAAUUUUAUGAGUAAUAUAAAUAAAAAUAAAUAUGAAAACGGAACAAUUCCUAAUAACCAAAGAAAUAAUAAUAUUAAUGGCCAGGAAAAACCAAGAUAUAAACCUCCUAUGUUAAGAAAUCAAAAUAUGUAUAAUAGAAAUAAUUUUAAUAAGAUGAAUUAUAAUAAAGGUGGUAAUCCUAUUUUUAAUAGAAAUUAUAAUAUUCCCAAAACAGCUUGGGCAAAUAGAGAUAAUAGAAGAUAUUAUGCUGAAAAAGAGGAAGAAAUUUUUUCAAAUGUAAAAAGUGAAAAAGGAGUAAAUUUUGAAUUAUAUAAUAGUAUACCAAUAGAACUUAGUGGAUAUAGUAGUGAAAAUAUAGUUCCAAUAGAAAAUUUUGAUGAUCCAGCUCUUAAUUUAAGUGAUUUGUUAUUAUCUAAUAUAAAAAAAGUAAAUUAUGAUAAAACAACACCCAUUCAAAAAUAUAGUUUGAGUAUAAUUAUGAAUAAAAAUGAUUUAAUUGGUGUAGCUCAAACUGGUAGUGGUAAAACUGCAGGAUAUUUAUUACCUAUUAUUAAUCAUAUGCUAUUAAAUGAUCCACCUAAGCAUACCUUUUAUGAUAAUAAUAAUAAUAAUAAUAAUUCUAAUUAUUAUUUUAAUAAAGUAUGUUUGCCUAUUUGUUUAAUUCUUGCUCCGACAAGAGAAUUAGCAGUUCAAAUAUUUUAUGAUGCAAAAAAGUUCUGCUAUGAAACAGGGAUAAGGCCAGUUGUUUUAUAUGGUGGAAGUAAUAUUAAAACUCAGUUAUCUAAUUUAGAUAAAGGUGCUGAUAUAAUUGUUGCUACUCCUGGAAGGUUAAAUGAUAUUUUAGAAAAGAAGAAAAUAAGAUUAUUUUUAACAUCUUUUCUGGUACUUGAUGAAGCAGAUAGAAUGCUUGAUAUGGGUUUUUCUCCUCAAAUAAGAAGUAUAAUAAAUGAUUAUGAUAUGCCAGGUAACGAUAAUGAUGCAGACACUAAUGAAAAUAAAAUGGAGUAUAAGAAAUAUUGUAAUGAAGUUAUAAAAAGACAGACUAUUAUGUUCAGUGCAACCUUUAGAAAAGAAGUUCAGGUAUUAGCAAAAGAAUACUUAUGUAAUUAUACGUAUUUAUUAGUAGGUAAAGUAGGAAGUACUCAUGAGUAUAUUAAACAGAACUUAGUAUAUGUAGAAGAAGAAAACAAAUGUAAUUAUUUAACAAAUAUAUUAUCUGAAAAUAAUAGUGGAUUAACAAUAAUAUUUAUUGAAACAAAAAGGAAAGCUGAUAUUAUUGAGAGAUAUCUAAAUAAUAAAAAAUUAAAUGCCGUUUGUAUACAUGGAGAUAAAAGUCAAGAUGAGAGGGAGAGAGCAUUGAAAUUAUUUAAGAGGGGAAUUAAGAAUAUUUUAGUUGCAACAGACGUAGCAGCAAGAGGAUUAGACAUAUCUAACAUCAAGCAUGUAAUUAAUUUUGAUUUGCCUAGUAAUAUUGAUGAUUAUAUUCAUAGGAUUGGUAGAACAGGAAGAGCUGGAAAUAUUGGUAUAGCAACUUCUUUUGUAAAUGAAGAUAAUAAAAACAUUUUUAAAGAUCUAUUAGCAACAUUAGAAGAAUGUAAUCAAUUUAUACCACGUUGGUUUUUUAAUUUAGUUAUGAGAUAUACAGCUAGUGCAAGAGCUAAUAGGAAUUAUAGAUAUAAAUCAAUUAAAAAUAAAAAUAAUUAUUCUAGAUAUACAAAUAAUAAUAAUAAUAAUCCUAUGACUAACAAAAAUAUGAAUAGUAUUCCAUUUAAUAAUAGUAAUUCUUAUAAUAAUUCUGUUGGUAAUAACAAUGGAUAUAAUAAUAGUGCUGGUUUUCCCAGUACCCCUUAUAACAACAAUAUGUAUGCCAAUAAUUAUAAUAAUGCAUACAAUAACCCCUUUAAUAAUAAUAAAUACAACAGUAACUACAAUCAAAAAAAAUUUGACGAUCAGAAAUUCCAAAGAAAUAAUUAUCAAAGUGCUGAUGAUAAUAACGAUGGAUGGUAA